UUCUCUGCAUUCUCUGAUGACUUUCUUCAAACACAUUCCUGCAAUUAAACAAUCGACACUAAAACUUCGCUCAUUUUCCGGCAGCGAAAGCCGGUGGCAGCUGUUACCCCCAAUUUUGAGGCAUUGACUUCGCGCCAAAAGCAUCAAGUUCGUCUCUACAUUGACCUCCUCCUCGAAUGGAACCAGGUGUUACACAUUAACAUCAUAGCUUUCAUCGUGUUUUUUUUAUUUGAAUGCGAUCGGUUUUUGAUUGGCUAGAAUAUGAGUUUGACGGCAGUGAAAGAAGAAAAUGAGGUGAUAGAGGACGAAUUUGAGUGUUGUUGACGUUGGAAGUGGAGUAGGACUUCCUGGAGUGAUUCUGGCCAUGGCAUGCCCUAGUACUGAUCAUGAUUUGAAUUGAUUCUCAGGGAAAAUGAUUUGCUCUAUAAUUUUCUGCUUACGGCUGAUUUUGUGUUGCUUAGGUUGGAAGGUGACUUCGUUAGAGUCUUUGAAUAAGUGUCGCGUCUUCUUGGAGCAUGUCGUUGCAGAAUGUGCAAAUUGUACACGAUCUAGCUGAGGACUGAUUGUAGGACAAAACCUUGACUACAGAGAGAACUUUGACAUUACAGUUGCUAGAGCAGUUGAAGAAAUGAGUAUAUAUUGGCAACUUAUUUUCUUUAUUGCUAUGGUUGGGGCAAUCUAUCGGUGUCUAAGUGUUUUCUUUUUGAUGGCGUGAAGCUGAAUAUUGCCUUCUCUAGUCCAUGUUGGUGGUUUGUGGCAGCAAAGGGUCAUGAUGCACGGAUAUGCUAAUUCAAGUUCUUUUUGUUAUUACCUAGUAGAGUAUCAUUUAGUACUACAAAAUAAUGAGAUCAUUCCAUUUAGUUUGUUCUCCUUGCAAGAGGAAGUGGCAAAAGCUGAAAGAGAUAUUCAUUUGAUGGGUGCUUCUAUCUAGCCAACAUGUUUUGGUGUUUUGCAUCUCUUAUAUUCACUUUCACUUUUUACUGAUAAUGUAGGAUAGAGCUUUCAAAGAUUGUUGUGUGAACUCUUUAUCUUUCCAUAUAUAUUCCUCAAGUAUUUUUUAUAAGUCCCUCUUGGGUCCUUGACUGCAUUCUCGACUUAAUCUCCUUUUUAAAGUAUCUUCACUAAUCACUAUAAUUGUUCUUCUAAUACCUUUCAUUUGAUUAGAAUCCUAAUACAAUUCCAUGUCAAUAUGAGCCAUCAAAUGUUAACAAAAUCUGGUGUCAAUUCAGUGGAACCUCAUAGCAAAUUUGGACAGAGCACGGCCAUUAAUGCCUGAACGAUGGUUGGCCCCAAAAAAUAUCCCCGGGGACCAGGUAUUCUCCCACAAGCAUCUUUAAAAGUUCACUUACAUCCCUUUCUGCAUCAGUGCCUGCAACAUCAUGAGGCUGCCACGUGUCAAGGUAGAGGUGAAACGGAUAUGAUCUCCGGUGAAUAAAUAGGCGGUUACCACGAUAGCCAAGCGUGUGCACUUGGAAAGAUCAAGAAAUCAUGACGGUCUACAACAUCCGUUGCGGCUCCUACAAUAUCGUCGCCACCGUGACUUCGGAUCCAGCCACCGCGCAUAGAUGGGUCUGCGAAAUCAUCAACCUCCACCGCAACCAUGCCUACCGCCAACGCUGCCUCCUGGUGGGGCUGGGCGUCCAGUGGGUCUCCAGGCACGCCGCCACGCUCCAGCUCUGCGUGGGGUCGAACUGCCUCAUCUUCCAGCUCCACCACGCCGACCACUGCCCCAACGUUCUGCGCAGUUUCCUCGUGGACCAGAACGUCAUCCGCGUCGCGCUGUGGGACAAUGCGAUCGGGGCGAUGCUAUGGGGCUCGCCGCACGCUCUCUGGGUGGGGCGGGUGGGGGAUGUGCGGAGGGCGGCGUACGCGCUCAUGAGGUGCGGCCGGGGAGCGACAAUGGGGCAGCUGGCGCAGGAGAUCUUGGGGAUUCCAGGGAUGCAGAUGGAUGAAGCGGUGGCAUGCAGCGACUGGGAGGAUCAAGAACUCACAUUUCAGCAGGUUGAGUAUGCGUGCCAUGCUGUUGCUCUUCCUUUGUUGAUGGCCUUGGAGCUUCGCCUUUGGGAAUAUUUUCUCUAACUAUUUCAAUUCACAAAUUUGGAUAACCAUCUCUAAAUUCUGCGCGUGCUACUUUUCUUUGUGAUUUCAUUAAUCAGAUCGCAGUUAUCAUUGAUUUGUCUUGUUUUCAGUAAUAUUUCGUGAUGGAUGAACUAUUUGCUCUCAUCUGACCUAAUUAAACUUCAUCCGUUUCUCGCAUUUUGUCAUCAUUCCACAGUGUUCAUGUAUAGUGAAUGGCCACAUUUUCCAUCUCAGUCUAAAGCGGAUUCUAUACAUUGUAAAAGAGAUUUUAAAAAUAAUGGAUGAUCGAUUUGUGUCUAA